UGAAGAUAAGGUAAGCUUAAGAAGAGGGAGGAGGGGUCACACAUGGAGACCUCUAGUAUGGAAGAGAAAAACUUACCAGUCUUUGAAUUAGGGCCCUGUGAGUCUGGUUACCACAUGGGAUUCCUCGUAGGGCAGAGGUUCACCAAACAGAUAAGAAGCAGGCUGGCCACAGACCUCAUUUUCCAAAACCAGCUCCUCCCUUUUGCCAAAACCCAACAGUCGCAGCCACUCCUCAGAUCACUCUCCGACGCCAACCGCGAGAGGUUUCCGAGCUACUGGGAUGAACUCCUGGGGACCGCCGAAGGGAGUGGCGUCACCAUUCUUGAUUUGAUGUUGCUGAACUUCAGGAAAGAGAUACUUCCAUUUGUUCCAAAGACAACAGUAAGUUUAGAAGCUGAUGCUGAGGAUUGUUCUGAUGUUCUUGUAGUUUGUGACUCGAUGGCAGUUGCCGCACACAAUGAGGAUGCAAAUGUCGCUCUGCUUGGCCACACUUAUCUGAUAAGGGCAACUCUGUCCAGUGGAUUAUCUUUCACUGCCUACACAUAUGCAGGAGAGCUCCCAAGCUGUGCAUUUGGGUUUAACAAUAAUGGAAUGGCAUUUACACUGAAUUCAGUACCUCCAUCUGAAGAUGAGAUUGUGGCUGGUGGAAUUGGAAGGAACUUCAUCUCUAGAGACCUUCUUGAAGCAACAAACAUGGAUGAUGCCUUAACUCGUAUUCGUUCAUCAGGAGCUUCUGUUGGGCAUAGUUACAAUCUGAUUGACAUAAGGGCUCGUCGGAUUUUGAAUGUUGAAACUGCUUCAAGAAACAGAAUCUCAGUCCGUGAAGUCCAGGAAACACCAUUCUUCCAUGCAAAUAUGUAUCUCCAUCUUCAAAUUCAGCAGGUACAAGAUGAGAACUCAUUGAGUAGGCAAAAGAGAGCUGCUUUGCUACCAAAAGAAACCAAAACUGAUUUCCUCUCACUUCUUGGAGACACAGACGACGAAACCUACCCAAUAUACAUGAAAGGUCCGACUCUGUACACCUUAUGCACUGCCUUGAUUGAUUUGGAUGAAAAAACACUGUCAAUAAUCGAAGGAAAUCCAAAGGAACGACAAGUUACUCACAUCUUCUUGAUGUCUUCACGGAUUAAUGCUGAUUAGCACAUGAUGAAUGUCGUUUGUAAUAUUACCUGAGAAGAUAAAUGUCCCAAACCACAUGUACAGAUAAAUCAAAUCACCUUGGGUUCACUUUACAAGA